AUGAUCAUCUCCACGCCAAAAAUAGGCGACCUGUCUGACGACAACACCCUCACCGUGUCCAACACCCUCGCCAACGCCCUGAUCACCGCUGACUUCUCCUACUCCCCUCCUCAAAAGCACCACAAGAAGUCUCUCUCCAACAGCACCAACAGCACAACGACCACCAACACUACCAACACCACCUCCAACACCAGCGAAAACGGUUCUCAACCCCGCACCCCUGCUACACCCGCCACUCUUACCAAGCCCUCGAGGAGAGGCUCGGCCACAGGCUACGUCUCCCGCGUUGGCUUUGAUACCCUUGGCUGCGACACCACCUCCGAGUAUGCCUUUACGCUCCAGUCCAAGACCGACGGGUGGAGUCGUUCGAAUCAUAGCAGGACUUUUCUGGUGGGGACAGACCUGAACGACUACUCUGCCCACGCACUCCAUUGGGUGAUGGAGAACAUGGUCGAAGACGGUGAUGAGACGAAAAUCCCAUCAUUCCAAGGCCAGGAAUCAGCAGCUCGUGUGGAGGCAACCAAGAUCAUGGACACGAUUCGUGAAAAGAACACAUCCAACAAACAGAUCAGCAUUGUUGUCGAGUACUUGGUUGGCAACGUCAGAGAUACCAUCCAGCAUAUGACUCGGUUGUAUAAGCCUGACAUGCUGGUGGUGGGAACACGUGGACGCAGCUCGGUCAAGGGAUUCUUGCUUGGAUCGGUCUCUCGCUACUGUCUUCACCAUUCGACCGUGCCAGUGAUUGUUGUCCGUCCAGAGCGCAAGCUGAACAAGUCCAAGAACAAGGCCAAGGGCAUCUUCCGACGUCGAUCGUCCGUCAUGGAAAAUGAGCAGGGUUACCAGCCGCAUUCGAUGCAUAUGUCGAGUUCCACGUUUGAUCUGCGGCGGAGCAGUCAGUCGAAUGGCAGCAACAGCAGCACUCUUUUGGAUGGACAGGGGCCUCUCUUCCCUAGUGCGACCAUUCACGCCGGCGAGAGUUUCCCCGGUGUUAGGAACAGCAUGGGAUUUUCGAGUCAGAGGAACACCCGACCGCUUUCAUCACUUUUUGCGCCGCUCUCACCACCCAAUCCGUCCCCUAUCUCAACAGCGUCCUCGACGACGUUCGCUCUGCCACCUCGGCCGAUGGGAUCACCAGCUCCGCCACCCCCUGAUGGUAACUUGAAGAUGAAGAAGAGUUUGACGAUGGACGGAAGCAGCAACAAGGGAAGUAGCAAAGGCAUCUUUGGGCGGUCUUCUGGAGGAUUCUUGUUCCCGUCUAAGAACAGCGGCAAUGGAGGAGGGGGAGGUAUUGGUGGUUUCAUGCGAGGUAAGAAGCGGCACUCGCAUGGUGACGGCGGCGGAGAGGCCUGA